AUGGCAGAGGGGCCCGAGGAAGCCCGGAGCCGCCCUCCCGGGCAGGACGGCAGUGGCGGGGACCACGAGCCGGUCCCUUCCGGGCCAGGCUCUCCCGCCGCCGCCGCCCCCCGGCCCCCGGCCCUCGCGACCGUCGCCUCGGCCGUCUCCGAGCCGGAGCCGCAGUGCGAGCUCCGGAAGCGCCGGGAGACGGGCGCAGAGCCUCAGGAGCCGGGGGGCUGCGAGGCGUCGGACGGGCCGGGGCGGCUGAGCGCGCGCGAGUACUCGCGGCAGGUGCACGAAUGGCUCUGGCAGUCCUACUGCGGUUACCUCACCUGGCACAGCGGCCUGGCCGCCCUCCCCGCCUACUGCGGCCCGCCGCCCGCCGCCCCUCAGCCCGCAGCCCCGCCGCCGCCCCCGCCGCAGCUCGCAUACUACAACCCCUUCUACUUCCUGAGCGCUGCGGGGCCUGGGCCGGGGGCGGCCACGGGCGGCGCCACCCCGACCGCCGUCGCGGGCCUGACGGCCCGGGCCCCGCACGUGCAGGCAUCCGCCCGGGCGGCCCCUGUGACCAGGGUGGGCUCUGCAGCCCCUGCACGGACGGCGAGCGACACCGGGAGGCAGGCUGGUAGAGAAUAUGUCAUUCCAUCCUUGGCCCACCGAUUUAUGGCAGAGAUGGUGGAUUUCUUUAUUCUCUUCUUUAUAAAGGCAACCAUUGUCUUGAGUAUCAUGCAUCUCAGUGGAAUAAAGGACAUCUCUAAGUUUGCCAUGCACUAUAUAAUAGAAGAGAUUGAUGAAGACACAUCAAUGGAAGACCUGCAGAAAAUGAUGAUUGUGGCACUUAUAUACAGGUUGUUAGUUUGUUUCUAUGAGAUAAUUUGCAUUUGGGGAGCAGGGGGAGCUACCCCAGGAAAGUUCCUGCUAGGGCUUCGAGUUGUGACGUGUGAUACAUCAGUACUCAUUGCUCCAAGUCGGGUUUUAGUGAUUCCCUCCUCAAAUGUUAGCAUUACAACGUCCACCAUACGAGCUUUGAUCAAGAAUUUUUCUAUUGCUUCUUUUUUCCCUGCUUUCAUCACACUGCUGUUUUUUCAGCAUAACCGAACAGCCUAUGACAUUGUAGCAGGAACCAUUGUGGUAAAAAGAAAUGGGGUCAGAUGAUGCCCCAGAACCCUGAAUUCCACUCUUAGGAAUAAUGACAAGACUAAAUUAUGUAUCAAGGCCAUCAUUAUCUCUGGGUUACAUUGAUGAUUUAAAAAUUAAAGCAGUCACUCUGGUGUGAUGCAGGGGACUGUUCUGAAAGUGUUGACUGUACUAAAAUGUCAAGGAACUUUUCCAGAAGGAAAAACUAUUCAAGUGUUAAAUAUUUAUAGGACAACAAAGGAAAUAGUUUCAUAAUCAAUAUAGGCAAAUACAUACUUUAACUUUUAAGAUAACCAAAAUUUGCUGGAAGCAUUUCAGCUUUAAAUUGUCUAAAUCAAACUUUAAAAUUUUAAUUUUGGCUUAUCUUAGAGUGAUUGAGAAAUAUCCAAUUGUGUUUUAUAAACACCUACAGAACUCCUACCACUCUUCUUACGGAAGCUGCUUUUUGUGAGUAUUGAGAAAGAGCAUCAACUCAACAACCUACUUACUUCAUGGCAGGUGUUGGGAAAAAAGGGCUAGUGAGGAAGGCCUAGGAGUCCCCUCACCCCACACUUCCGGGAUAUUCUAGAGUUCACUACAAUAGUGGUGGGAUACUCCAGCUUCUUACUGCUUAUGUAUUUGGAGGCAAGAUUUUCAAGAUGGUGAAAAUGUGCUGAGUCAUAUCAUUGGUAUUUUAAAAAGGUAUGUUAGUGAUUGCCUUCUGGGGCGGGGGGGGGGGGGAGAGGGGCGGGGGGGGAAUUUUCAUUGUCAAUUCAGCUUAGAAUUCAUGUGCCCUAAAAUCCAACUAUAAAUAUGCAGGAGGAAAUAUCCACCAAACAUUCCCAGUAUGUGCUCUCCAGUGUUCUGAAUGUAUGUGUAGAUUCUAUUUAUGUACAGUAAAUUCCUAAGGCACUUCUGUAUUCUGUACAGUUCCAUAACUGUCAAAACAUCAAGGUUUGUUAAAAAGUGUAUUUUGUGAAUAACUUAAAUACUAGUAGCCUGUGAAAUACUAGCAGUUUUCCUAUUAUGAAUUGUUCUCUCUAAAGCAAGGCAGCAUAUAUCAUCUUCAGACUUUAUUCUAGUUUAUUUAAGUUCAUUUUGGCCUGUUAAGAGAUGAAAUUUGGAGGGGUGGGAGGGUUAAAGCAAAAACUUUUAUGUAUUGUCAUUGUAUUUUGCUCUGUUGAUGAAACAUUGGGUUUAUGUCUGUGUGCUUGCUUUUGUGUCGCUAGCUGUACCAAAAUGUUAGUUUUCUUUACUUCUUACUCAUUCUUGUAUAGGAUUUUCCCAAGAAACACUAAGUUGUAUUGCACAAGAGAACAAUCUCUGUUCCUGGGUUUUAAAUACCAAGAGCAAGCCAUGUGUUGUCAUUACUGUAUCAACCUUCAGCAAGCUAUUUUUUGACAUUUAAAACUGUGAAAAUGCAUUUAAUGUCUACAGAGAAUCUCCUAAGAGCUCAUUGUUUAUCAACCAUGGUUUCUCAAAAUAAUUUUAUUUACAUCAAAUACAACUUCACAGAAAGCCUAUUUAUUAUUUGUCAAGAGCAGUACAUAGAGCAUGUGCUUGUGGCUCUGGCAAGAUUUUUAAAGCUCUUCUAACUCUUAGACUACAAAUCUGGAAGCUGAUGUGGACACUUGCCACUGAGAGAAUUCAAGUUGAAAUGUGCUUCACCCACACAGCUCUGGAGUAUUUGAUUCUUUCUACUCCAGUUUUCACUGAGGAUAUUUUUAUUUAUUCAGUAAAAUAAACAAAUAGUUAAUACCAGUUUGCUAGACAAGUUCUUUAGAUCCAGCUGUGGAUUCAAGUUGUGCCAUAUAGGAUGUAAGAUAAAAGUAUUGCUUUGCCUCCACAAUAGAACCUCAAUCUGCACAUUUUUUCCAGCUUCCUUCACAGAACAUGAAUACUAAUGAAUACUAAUUUCCUGUGUCAAAGUGUAACUCUCAUGCUGAAGCUGUAUCCUGUUCAGAAAUGAAGAUACUCUUUAAUAAGCAUGCCCUAAGGUGAAGCCUUAGGACUGGAGUCUUGUAUAGUCAUUCAGUCUAAACAACUGAGAAAUGAGAAGUCUCAGUACUUAUCACUGAGAAUGUUCUAGAGUGGUUAGAUCUUGGAAGUAGGAUAUUCCAUACUCUAGGUAACAGCAUGAUGACAAACCUUACUAAGUAUUGUAUUGUGACCAUAAAUACAUGCCACUAACUUGACAGUAUUCAUUGCUUGAUUUAGCCUACAAAGCAUUUAUUUACCUAGUUGCCCAUGGCUCAAAAAUGAGUCUUCAAGCUUUUAAAAAGAACAUGCUCACAUCAGUGAUUGUUUCAUUUACACACCUGUUUCUGGCAAAGGGAAGGAGUUGAAGUUUUGCAUUUGCAACUUGGGCUUCUGAAGGAAGAUGGGGCAUUAAACUUUCUCAUUAUCCGAAGAUGAUGCCUAGAUUAACAGUAUUCCUAAACUCUGACAAGUACUGGUUCAGCUCCUUGCCAGCCUCCAUCUGCAUAACCAAAGACAAAAAGUCCUCAUUUGUGCCUGAGUGAAGUUCCUUCAUUUUGGCUGAUAUGUGUAGAUUUCCUUGUAGUUCACUAUAGUAGGGCUUGUCCUGCAAACAGUAUCUACUGGCCCACCUAUAAAUAAAACAGCAUUCUAUUUUUAAUAUUUGUAUGUCAGUUUGUAUUUUGUGUCUCAAUAAAUACUUAUGUCAAUGUCAA